GUUAAGCGAAAGCUUCUUCUAUUCCGUCCACAACCAUUUGAACCAUUUGAACAGUUUAAGAACAAUUUCAAAAAACUCGCAACAGGCGCCGAUAAUCACUGGGUUAAUUUCCUCUUCGUUGGCCGUAAGUUGACAUUCAAGGUAUUAAAGGUAAUUCUACUGCUAGAAUAUGUUUGUUUAUAACACCUGUUUCUUAUCUACUUUAUACAACUGGAGGAAAGGUAUAUUGUACUCACAGAUGAUAAAUUUGGUUGGAACUAGACGUCAGUUUGCGGUCCAAGAUCUAUGCACUACUUACUUGUCACAGGCUCCUGUUAGAAAUCUACGAAUCUCUAGCGUUAGAGCUAGUCAUAUUAGUCUGCUUUGUUCCCUUUGAACAAUUUGGCUUAAACAAUGUCCAUUUUUGACCAAUUUCGAGAUAUUGAACCUGAUCGCAUCCGCAAUAGCAUAGUAUCAAUUAUUGCAGGAUUUUUAUUUGCAUUAGGCUGGUGGAUAGCAAUUGACGCAGCUGUACUUUUCGCUGAAAACAAUUCUUUACCUAAUGCAUAUCAUACAGCUGGAGUAUUCAGCACCAUUGCUUUCAUAUUAAUUAACAGUGUUCCUAACGGAGUGUUGAGAGAUGAAUUUUCAGACAGUCGUAUCGGUCGUCGUGGAGCACUUAUAUGCCUAUUUUUCGCUUUCUCAAUGGCAUUUAGUAGUACAAUAGCUGCAUGUUGGAUACUAUUUGGAGGUUAUAUCGCUGUAGAUAAAACACCAGUAUGGCCAGGUGUAGCUAUACUAUUACAAAAUCUACUAAUUUGUAUAUCAUCAAUUUUAUUCAAAUUUGGCAGAAAAGAUCUUAGUGAUUUCUAAUCUGCUCAUUUUAAAAAUAUUAUUCUCACUUGAUUGCUCACUAAUUUAUUGAUUCAUUUAAUAACAUUAUCGCCAUAGUACCAAAUGAACAAUGAA